AUGCCAAUCACCCCACAUCUUCAACAUUUGAUUAUACAGUGUUCCGGUAACGUUGGUGGCAUGAAAGUACCGUCGGUAAAGUUGGAAAUGGACGGUGAACUUAUUUUCCUGAAACCACACGUUCCCCCAUACGGUCAACGAGAAGGUGCUCUGAAAGCGUUACAGAAAAUGGAGCAUGAUGGUGUGAUAGGCAAAGUUGAAUCCAGUACCUGGGUGACCCCGAUCAUGAUGUGCUUCCACUCCAGUGACGUCGUAUACUUCCGUGGUAAUGAUUUGCGACCCGCGUCUGGUAUAACCACACGACAACUGGGUCAAGCCAUGGUGGAAAUUGCCGAAUUGAAUAAUGCUACUGAGUACAAGCGGCACGUGGACCAAAUCCACUUCAAAUCAUCCACGGACCAGCGGCAUCAAGAGACGAGCAAGGGAGACAAUCGGGUGCAAACCCCGUCAGAACGUCCGACGGAGCCGCAUCAGUCAGAUGCACAGACAUAA